CAUGUUGAGGGUUUAAUUUGGUAAAUUAUCGUUUUUUUUUGUUUAUUAUAUCGAAGGAAAAGGGGAGGGAAAAAGGAAAAGAAAAAGAUCCUGUGAUUUGCGAGCUUUGUCGUGGUUAUAUACAUUGUUUGGACUGCGAUUAAAAUAUUAAAGCGAGUUGAGCGAGCGAGCGAGAAGAGAGAGAGAGAGAGGAGAGAGAGAGGGGGGGUCCUCCUUCGCUCCAGCCAGAGCCGAACCCAAAGCUUUGCUCUGAUUUGCAGAGAGAGGGAGGGAGAGAGGCGAAGAACGCGAAGAACAGAAGCUGUUUAGAGAGAGAGAGAGAGAGAUUGUUUGGAGCUUAAACUAAUUAGAAUCGCCAAUAAAGACUUGCUUUUUCACCUCCUCUCCUUAUCCAAUCCCUGGUGCUUUCUGUUCGUGAACAGACUUUGCUGGGACAUUCGUUGCUCACAAGUCGCAACUUUGUUUAGAGGGUCUUCGUUUUCUGUGUGUAAGGGCGAAAAAAGAAAGAAAGCGCGGGGCUGAUAAAUCGGGUGUGCGAGUGGUUUAGUAAUUUUUGGGUCCUCCCCAGUAGAAUAACAGAGACAUGUUGGAAGGCCGGUCCUGUCUGAUCCCGAGGGUGCUUGCAAACUCUUGCCAGUCAGAAAGCAAUUGGGCAGGUUGCAUGAGUUUCCAUCUUGAAAUCGACAUUGGGAGUAGCAAGCAUCCUCGGGAUAUCGAUGGCAACGAAGAUCACCCACGCAGGAAAUCGUUGAAACUUUCUGAGUUGCAAGAAGUAGAUCAGCACGCUCAGGAUUCGGGAAAACAAUCCAGUGAUCAACGUCAGGCUGGGGAUAAUUCUCAUUUGGAUUCCCUCAUAGGUGCCAUUGGGAGGGAAAUCUCAAUCAGCUGUCUCGUCCGCUGCUCGAGAUCCGAUUAUGGUUCCAUAGCCUUGUUGAAUACGAGCUUUCGGCAUUUGAUCAAGAGCGGCGAGCUUUAUAAGUUGCGUAAGCGGGAUCGUGUGAUUGAGCACUGGAUUUAUUUUUCUUGCCAUUUACUCGAAUGGGAAGCUUUUGAUCCUAUUCGUAGUCGGUGGAUGCAUUUACCCAGAAUGAUCUCCAACGAAUACGUCAUAUUUCCUGAUAAGGAAUCCUUAGCAGUGGGUACAGAGCUUCUUGUGUUCACUAAGGAUAUGACAAAUUCGCAUGUGAUAUACAAGUAUAGCCUUCUAACAAAUUCAUGGACUUCUGGAAUGAGAAUGAAUGCUCCUAGAUGCUUAUUUGGGUCUGCGAGCCUUGGGGAGAUAGCAAUAUUAGCUGGCGGUUGUGAUUCGCAGGGUAAUAUUUUUAACUCUGCAGAGAUGUUCAAUUCUGAAACUCAGCAGUGGUUACCUCUUAAUAACAUGCACACACCCAGAAAGAUGUGCUCAGGAGUGUUUAUGGAUGACAAGUUUUACGUGAUUGGUGGUAUCGGUAAAACUGAAACGGGUCAGCCAAGAGUUCUCACAUGUGGGGAAGAGUAUGAUCUAAGGACACAAACUUGGACUGUAAUUCCUAAUAUGUCACCUGUGAGGGGAGGGGAAGCGAGGGAGGCUGAGGUGCCUGCAGCAGCGGAAGCACCUCCUCUAGUUGCAGUGGUUAACAAUGAACUGUAUGCGGCUGAUUAUGCUGACAUGGAGGUGAGAAAGUAUAAUAAGGAGACGAGGGUGUGGUUUACAGUGGGGAGAUUGCCUGAAUGUGCGGACUCAAUGAAUGGUUGGGGUAUUGCCUUCAGGGCUUGUGGAGAUAGUCUUAUCGUCAUUGGUGGACCUAGGACGCCAGGUGAAGUUUUUAUAGAGAUCAAUUCAUGGGUUCCAGGUGUAGGCUGUCCACGUUGGAACUUGCUUGCCAGAAAGAGUUCGAGUAACUUUGUGUAUAAUUGUGCCGUGAUGGGAUGCUAAACAAUUGGAUAUCUUAGCAUCUUGUGUACUUUAGCAGUUCCUCCCUCCCAAGGGUUGUACAAGAUUGGCUUCUCCUUCAACACAGGAUUCUUGCUAACGGGUAUUUUUCCCCUCUUUCUUUUCAUUUCUCUUCCCCAUUGGGACUAGGGAAGAACGGGGAAUAAUUUCAGAUUUCCUUCUUCAAGAAUUAUAGCAAUUUUUUUCCCAAAAGAGGAGGUCAUGAUUUCACUUUCAUCUUCAAUACAUUAAGUUUCAUUUCCACCAUUGAGUUGGUAUUUUCCUCUUUCUUGUAAAGAUUGGAACAUCUAAUUGUCGGCUAUCUUUUAGCUGCAACAGGUUCUGAGUUUUAUCUUCACAGGAUACAAAAACCAGACAUAAGAGGCAAACUCUUUGCCGUCCUUGGAA